CCGUGGUGGGGCUCCCAGAAUGCCGCGGCAAAGAUGGCGGCGCCCAUGCGACGGUAGCGGCGUGUGAUUCUGCGGCCGCUGAACCAGCUCUGAGCCAUGAAGGACGGGCCGGGCCGGCACCGAGCCGGCAACACGUUCCGGUUUCUCACCUUUUCUGAACGAUUGGCAAAUGUGAAUAUCGAUAUAAUCCAUCGGAUUGACAGGACGAGCGACGAUGCUGAGGAUGUUGAAACCUAUUUUUAUGAAGGACUGGAGAAAUGGAGAGAUCUGAAUUGCACGGAACACUUUGUUAAAUUUCGCAAAGACGUUGUGGGAAAAUGCCAGUCUUUCAAUCAGCUGGUCUACCAUCAAAAUGCAGUGGUUGAAAGCUUGAAGAUCCAUCUUCAAAUCAAGAACAGCAUGGCCCAUCAACCUUUGCUGGACUUGGUGGUGCAGCUGGCCAGGGAUCUGCAGGCGGAUUUCUAUCCUCACUUCAGAGACUUCUUUGUGAUCAUUACCUCCCUGCUAAACACACAAGACACAGAGGUGCUGGAGUGGGCUUUCACCUGCCUCUCCUACCUGUACAAGUACCUCUGGAGGCUGCUGGUAAAAGAUAUUACCGACAUUUACAGUUUGUACAGUUCGCUGUUGUGCCACAGCAAAGAACACAUCCGACGCUUCGCAGCUGAAAGUUUUGCUUUCUUAAUGAGAAAGGUUCCUGAUCACAGUGCUCUUUUCAACUUCAUGUUUGCUGACCUUGAGGCACACCGAGCCAAGGCCGAAGGGGUGGGACAGCUGCUGUUCGAAAUGUGCAAAGGUGUUCAAAAUGCCUUCCACUCCUGUGCAGCCAAGGUCUUCCCCGUUAUCUUGCAAAAGCUGGGACCCGUCACCGAGGCGACCACGGUGCUUCCGUGGGAUGUAGUUUGUGAAGCAGUUGGCCACAUGGCCAAGUCAUGUGCUGCCUACGCCCAUAAAGAACACCUUGAUGUCCUGUGGAACUGUUUACAAGAGUGUAUCGUGGACCUCCAAGAUCGAGUCGACCCUGAGGACGCUGGUCGAGUUUCGGAUCACAUCCGCCGCUUGUUGCAGACUUUCCUCGUGUUGCUGGAGGCUCAGCAGGGCUCAAAGGUUCCACAUCCCAGCGCGGUGUGUGAGACUCUGCUCCUGAUGUUGCCGGGCCCACAGAUGGAGUUGCCUUGCCGCAAGACUCUGCUGAAGGUUGUCUCCACACUCCUGAUGGCUGAGAACAUUUCUCUGCCAGAUUCACUGAUUGAAGAAACUGCCAGAAAGGUUUACAGCAGUGGGUUUGAAAGAAGCUUGAUUCUGGAAUUCUCCGAGGCAAUGUUUGAUACGGACACGUUUGAACAGCUGCUCCUGCCGAGCUUGAUGCAGUACGUGGGGGAGAGUCUGCAGUAUGCGGGGGACAGCGUUGCUGCGGGCGACACAUUGGCCAGGGAGGAAAUGCUGGGACUUCUGGUGAAACUUAUUCUGACCAAAGCCAAGCCCCCGAAAGACGGGUCGAUGGCCUUUGAAAAGUAUCCUCUCCUCUUCACAGGACAGCUGCAAGUGUCUACACGCUCAGGUGAUGGAACAGGGACCGGCGGAGCCUUGGAUUACAUCCUGUCUCUGCUGCAGCUCCGCGAAGAUGGCGGGAUACCUGAUCUGGAACACAGCUGGGGUGCUCUCAUCGUUCUCCCCCAUCUCAGGCCGUUGGAAACGGAAAAAGUCCUGGCUCCGGUUCACUUGUUGCUGGAUCGCCUCCUGAAUGCUCGCGAACAAAGUGACUCCAUUAACGAAGGGUGGAUGUACGUCGCGUGUCAAGCAGUCAGUACGCUGCUCAGUCUCACAGAGUCUUUGGAAAUUCUCAACUUUUUGCCUGUUGAGCAUGUAAGGAACUUGAUGAGAAGCUCGCCGGCUGACGUGUCUGCCCUCCUGCUGGGCGACCUGUACUACACCCGGUUAACGUUGUGUGGCUGUAAAGACUUGGUCUCACAGGACAUGCUGCUCAGUCUGUACGAGGAACUGCGACCAAAUCUGUCAUCAAACGUUUCAAAGGUACGCCUCUUGACCCUCAGGAUUCUGAAUCAUUUUGAUGUGAAGCUGCCAAAGAGAAUAGAGGAUGACGGCGAAGAGCUACAUAAGUGCGUGUUUGCCUCCUUGCUCCAGGCUGAAUUGGUCCCUGCAACUGUUUACGAUUACAGGGAGAAGCUGUUGCACUUGAGUAGACUGAGACACGAUUUGGUGCAGCUAUGUAUACCUGAGGGGCCGUACCAAGAGGUUCCCCUCCAGUAUCUGAUAGGAAUGCUUUACACAAACUUCAGUCCACUGUGGGAUCCCGUGUUGGAGCUUAUUACUUCUCACGCAUAUGGGAUGGAAAAUAAAAUGUUCUGGCGUGUUUAUUAUGAACACUUGGAGCGGGCAGCCACUCUCGCGGAGAAAGCAUUAAACCAUGAAUUGGAGGAAGAGCCAAAGAAGAAGGUGACCCGGGAGGUGGAGAGGCUUCUGACGGGUCUGACGGUGGGAAAAUUAUACCAAAGUCAUCUCCGCCUAUCAACCACGACCAGCACCAGGACGGAUCACACCAACUUCCGCUUCUUGCUGUGGAAAGCCAUGUGCAGCUUUAGCGAUCGGGUGGAGCCCCGGUCAAAAGAGCUCUCUCCUCUGCUCCUCAGGUUUAUUAACAACGAGUAUUACCCAGCGGAUCUGCUGGUGGCUCCCACUGAGAACAUCAGAAAGAGGAAAUGUGUGGAUGAGAAGAGAGUGGCCAGUGAGGUAGAGAACUGUGUCGGUGCCGACGAUGAAGAGGUUGCAGCUGACGCAGACCACAGCUUUGCGACGGAGAAGAAGCCCAGGAGAGCGGCUGUGAAGCCACUGAUUGCUCACCUGAGAGUUUUCUCAAAGUUCACCAACCCAAGGUCUCUUUACCUGGAACCCAGGCUGAAGGAGUUGUACACCCAGCUCCUGUGCCACCAUUUCCAGGACUUGCAGAAGAUCGCCUUGGAGUGUCUACUCACCUACAAGCACCAACACCUGUUGCCUUACAGGGAAAAUCUACAGCGACUCUUGGAGGACAAGCACUUCAAAGAGGAGAUAAUCCGCUUCAGCAUCGCGGAGGAGACUACUAUUGUGGCAGCCGAACACAGGACGGAGCUCGUCCCCGUCAUCAUGAGGAUCCUCUAUGGGCGGAUGAGGAGCAAAACUGGGAGCAGGACGCAGGGGCGAUCGGGAGCAACGUCACGUGUGACCAUCGUCCUCCACUUCCUGGCCGGAUCACUGCCGCAGGAACUGCGCGUCUUCCUCGACCUGCUCCUCGAGCCAGUGAAGCACUUGACCCAGGGGUCCUGCCUGUCUGCGGUGCUGGAGUCGGUGAAGACGCUGGAUCUGUCCAAGGUGCUGCCCUUGGGGCGACAGCAUGGUCUGCUCAACAGCAUUGAAGUGGUGAUGAAGAAGCUGGGCCACCUCAUCCACCAUUACCUGCCCGAGCUGCUGCAGAUCCUGCUGUGUCUGACUGCGUCCGUGUCCCACUUGUUGCAGCUGAGGGACCAGAUCAAGCCAAGGUGUGUUAACCUGCUGAAGUACCUGAGGCGCCUGGGAAUAGAUCAGAUCACUGCUUUCUUCACGAGCUUUGAGUCCUACGCUUUCACGGCUGACGAAAUUGAGGCAGUGUUUCACGGCACGGUGUGGCCACAGAUCAGCAGACUCCCCUCUGAAGGACAGUACUCACCAACUUCUCUCCUGAAGCUGAUUCAUAUCUGGAGUAGGAAUUCUAGGUACUUCCCUCUCCUCGCCAAGCAGCUUCCUGAGCACCCGGAGUGCGGCAUCCUGACCAAUGUCUUCGCUCUGCUCGCUGUGAAGAGCGUGGCUGAGCCGACCACCGCCCUCGUUAUGGACAUUGUCGACAAUCUCCUGGGCACAUCUGACUUUGUGACCACAGAGCAAGAGGAUGCUCUGACCGUGAGGGACGUGGCCUUUCCGGAACCCGCUGCCACUGCAGAAGAUGCUCCAAGCAUGGGAACACUUCUUAUUUUGCCUCACAUUUCCACCAUUUUACAACACCUCAACAAAGCCGUUGGGAAUACGGAACGCAUGAAGAAGAAACGAUUCAGAACACAAGUCAGUAAAGAACUGAGUAUCCUAUCGAGAAUAAGUAGGUUUGUGCAGGACAAAGAGCAGAGCUCCAUUCUGAUCCAUCUCCUGCUGCCUUACCUCUCCAAGUCCAUCACCUCGCAGGACACAGAGAUCGACAUCCUGCAGACCAUUCAGAACCUUCUGCACCACUGCGCGCAGUCCUCCAGCUUCCUGAAGCCCCUGGGCUCCCUCUUCUCCGUCAUUCACAACAAGCUGUCCCGCCAAACGCUUUGUGCGGUCUUUCAGUGCCUGGCAGAACUGGACGGGACUCUCACAUACGUCACAGAAACUGUCACGAAGUUGAACGCUUUUGAUCGCCGGCACUUGGAUGAUAUCGAUUUUGACGUGCGCCUGUCUGCAUUCCAACUGGCCACCAGCUCGAUCCGAGGGAUGGGGAGCUUGGACACGGUCUACCUGAUUCCCGUUAUGCACAACUGCUUCUACUCCAUCCAGCUGGAGGAGAUGACUCUCAGUGACAAUGCGACGCUUUGCUUGAGUGCAAUUGUCCAGCAAGCAGCUUCCACUGGGUGCUCAGAAGAAGAAUUCAAGGAGGUGAUCUCCCGGACACUGCUCGAGACGCUGAGGCACGGCCUAAAGUCAAAAGUCGAGAGCGUUCAGCAAGAUUACACGACACUCCUUGGCUGUUUAAUCCGUGCGUUUCCCCAGCGCUCAGAGUUUAAGGACCUGGUUCAGCUGACAGACACCGAUCCCGAAAUGGACUUCUUCGAGAACACGAAACACAUACAGGUUCACAGAAGAGCUCGUGCCCUGAAAAAGCUGGCAAAGCACCUGGAUGAGGGGAAACUGUCCCUGUGCUCCAGAUCUCUGGUGAAUUAUAUCAUGCCUUACGCUACGUCAACGCUGUUCAAUGAAAACAUGCUGAAGUACGAGAACAUGACGACAGCCUCGGUGGAGCUGGUGGGAGCUGCGUGCAAACACCUGUCCUGGUCAGCGUACACCUACCAACUGAAGCGCUACAUCCACGUUCUGCAGACGGGAGAGAUCAACCAGAAACUGGCCGUCAGUUUGCUGCUGUCGGUUUUGGAAGCCUUUCAUUUUGACCCAGAGAGCCUGAGGAAGGAGUUUGAAGCAAGUCAGACCACGGAAGCUGAAACUGGCGUGGAAGGUGGUGGGGAAGGUGGGACGGAAGCCAUGGAGCUGGAAGAGGUGGUUGGAGAAGAGAAGGAAGAAGCUGCCGAGGGUGUGGGUGAAGACGGCGCAGUGCAGGCCGUGGAAAGUGUCCCAGCGAAGCUGAAGAGACCUGUGGUCUUUCAGCCCAGGAGCACACAGGAGCUGGGACUACUGAUCGCCCACAUCCAGGACACCGUCACAGGCAACAUCCUGCCCAAGCUGCAGAAAUGUUUGAUUGCAAAGGUAAAAAGAGAUGAACAGCAUAAGUUGGUGAAGUCAAAGCUGGUCAACGAUGAGGAACUGGUGCGGAUUCCGUUAGCCUUUGCGAUGGUGAAACUCAUGCAGACCCUGCCCAAGGAGAGCAUGGAUAAUAAUCUACCCAGCAUCCUCAUUAAGGUCUGCAUACUGUUGCAAAACCGAGCCCAGGAGAUCAGAGACGUCGCCCGCAACACCCUGACCAAAAUAAUCGAGACUUUGGGUUCAAGAUACCUUCUCUACCUUCUCAAGGAGAUGCAGUCGGCGUUAACCAAGGGCUAUCAGGUUCAUGUUUUGACGUACACUGUCUACAUGGUGUUGAAGAUUCUGGUGCCUAAACUGAGCAGUGGAGAUUUGGACCCUUGCGUCGAUAACCUCAUCACAAUUUUUAAUCACGAGCUGUUUGGAGAAGUUGCAGAAGAGAAGGAAGUGAAAGGGAUUAUAAGCAAGGUGAUGGAAGCAAGGAAGAGCAAAAGCUACGACUCGUACGAGAUUCUGGGGCAGUUUAUCGGAAAAGGCCAGGUGGCCAAGCUGAUCCUUCCACUGAAAGAGAUACUAGAGAACACGACCAACCUUAAGCAAGCCCGCAAGGUCCAUGAAACGUUUCGGCGGAUCGUGUCGGGUCUGUUACAAAAUAAUGAUUUGACCGCAGACGCCAUCCUUCUGCUAAGUCAUGGUCUGGUGACCGACAGCUUACCGCUCAUGGUGAAGAAGAUCAAGGGGAAACAACGAAAACCUCAGCAAUGGCGCGCCGGUCUGAAGCCUCAGAGCUGCCUCUUGCUGCCUCCCACCCCGACCCGCCAGGGAGAAAAACCUGCCAUCAGCACCAAGACCAACAUGCACGUCCUGGUGGAUACCGGCCUCCGGAUGCUGCAUAUGAGCCUGAAGAAAUCGAAGGUGAAUUCCUCAGAAGAGCGCGUUUUGGAAAUGAUGGAGCCCUUUGUGCAGGUGCUGAUAGACUGCCUGCAGUCCAUGCAUGUCAAGGUGAUCACCACUGCCUUGCAGUGCCUAUCCUGCGUGCUGAGGUUCCCGCUGAGGUCGGUGGAGAGUCUGGCCGGGCAGCUCACUCAGCAGCUCUUCCUGUUGCUGAAGGACUACGCCAAGGCUGGGGCAGCCAGAGGGGAGAACUUCCAUCUCGUCGUUAACUGCUUCAAGUCGAUAUCCAUCCUGGUGAAGACUGUGACAAAGCACACGCUGACAGACAAGCAGUUGCAGGUGCUACUGGGCUACGCUGAGGAAGACAUUUAUGAUACGUCACGGCAGGCGACAGCAUUCGGGCUCUUGAAGGCGAUUCUGUCCAGGAGGCUGCUGGUGCCGGAGAUGGGUGAAGUGAUGCAGAAAGUGGCCAAGCUCGCCGUGACCGGGCCGAGCGAGCCCAUCCGCGUGCAGUGUCGUCAGGUUUACAUGAAGUUUAUUCUCGACUAUCCUCUGGGGAAGGAGCUGAAGACUCACCUCGACUUCAUUGUGGCGCAGCUCUCCUAUGAACAUGAAAUAGGAAGAGAGUCUACGCUGGAAAUGUUGGCUUGUAUAUUUCAGUCCUUUCCACAGGACCUGCUGCACCAGCACUGCGCACUCUUCUUCAUCCCCGUGGCCCUGAUGAUGGUGAAUGACGACUCUCCGAGGUGCAAGAAGAUGGCGGCCCUGGCGACCCGGUCACUGUUGAGCAAAGUGGACAGCCAGCGCAAGGACGCCAUGUUUGCUCUGGUCCUGACUUGGUUUGAGAGCAAAAAGGUCUCUCAUCGCCGCCUGGCUGCCCACACCUGUGGCCUCUUCGUGGAAGCAGAAGGAGUUUUCUUUGAAAAACGCUUUGCCACCAUUCUACCCAUUCUUGAGGCGGAAAUAAAACCAGAAAGAUUCCAGAAUAUCGAGGAGGAGGGGGAAGAGAAGGCCGCAGACCGACUGCUCUUCAGCCUCUUGACGCUGACCGUCAAAUUGGUGAAGGAGUGCAGCUUCAUCCAGCUGCUGAAACCGAGCCGUGUCCUCACAAACAUCUGGGAUCAUAUCCAGGCUCACCUGUGGCACCCGCACUCCUGGGUCUGGCUCACCGCCGCUCAGAUCCUCGGAAUGCUCUUCGCCUCCCUCCAGCCGGAGGAACUGGUGGCCAGGUGGAGGACCGACAAGUCCCUGGUCCCGGGGAAGAGCGUGUCGCAGACACCAGCGGCACAGUUCCUGUGGAAAGAGCUGGAUGUUAAGACUAAGGACCUGGCUUUGGCAUUUUGUCACCAGCUGCAGUCAAAGUUCCUGGACCAGGCGCUGGGGGAUCAGGUCGUGAAGAACUUGCUGUUUGUGACGAAGAUCAUGUACCUGUUGAAACCAGGCGGCCAGGUAACCACAGAGGAGGAGAAGGAGGGAAGCGAGAGUGAGCUCGGAGCAGAGGGGGGCGAGGAGCCGAGGGCUGGAGGUGCCAGCGUGACCGACGAGAAGAGAACAAACCUGAUGUGGCUGAUCCGGAAACUCUGCAUCGUUGCCAAGAGAGAGGCAGCAUACAGCCCGAAAAUACCCCUGAAGCGGACCUGCAUCUUCAAGUUCCUCGGGGCAAUCGCCAUGGAUCUGGGAAGCGAAAGAGUGAAGCCUUUUCUGCCGACGAUAGUCGCUCCGCUUUACAGGGAAUUAAACAGCACGUACGCUGAGCAAGACCCGACGCUGAGGACCCUGUCCCAGGAAAUCAUCGAGGUGCUGAAGAAGCUGGUCGGCCUGGAAACCUUCUCCAUGAGCUUUGCUGUGGUGCAGAGACAAAGCCACCAGCGCCGGGCUCUGAGGAAGAGGCAGAAGGCAAUACAGGCUGUUGCACACCCGGACGUGGCCGCGAGGAAGAAAUUAAAGAAGCACAGGAACAAAAUUGAAGCCAAAAAGAGAAAAAGUGAAGUCCUUCGACCGAGUUCCAAGGCGAAGAAAGCCAGAGGCAACAUUCUGAGGGACCUGGCAAUGGUGGAGUGAUGUUGGGAGUGAGGCAGCGGAGUUUUAGUCAGUGUUUCUAUACAAAGAUUUUACAAUGGAAGCUGAAACAUGUUGCCGGACUGUAUCAGUGUUUAUUCCCUGUCAUUUCCAGCGAUGUUUUUGUAAUUGGGCUCUGGGAACGUCUAACAUGAGGUACAGUUUAAUGUACUGAUUCUUCCAGUAAAGUCUCAAUGACAAGGUGCUUUA